CUAAAACUAGAGGCCUAAAAUCGCCAGCCAUCUUCACUUGUAACUUGUAAAUGAGCCCUGUACUGCAUCUUCUAAAAGGAGCGAACCAGUAUAAAACCGCUUUACCUUAUCCUAUCCUACCUCCGCCAUCUCCUAAAUCCUAAUUUCAUUUCCUCAUCGGCAAAUCUCUCCCACCAAAUACCAAUCCCACAUACACCUCGUACUAUUGCAUUUACUCAACCUACUUCACUCUCUUCUUAAUUAUUAUCUCAAGUAUCGCUUUCCUCCAUCUGAAAUCUCAGUUCCAUAUUCUCAUUCUAUUCAUUGAAUUUUGGUUUCUCGAUUGCUGAAAGUUGCUUAGAUUGAAUUAUACUGAUUUUAGGGAUGUGGGUGAUGGAUUUUAUGAAUGUUUAACGAAUUUAAUCCGAAUUCUGCUCGUUGUGUGAACUUGAUUUGGUUAUUAACAUGGCUCCGAAAGCUGCCAAAGGAAAACCUCAUAAGGCUAAGGGCGAGAAGAAGAAGAAGGAAGAGAAAGUAUUACCAACGGUUAUAGAAAUAGGUAUAGAGACGCCGGAAGAAUCCCAAGUGACGCUAAAGGGAAUAUCUACGGACAAGAUCUUAGAUGUUAGGAAGCUUUUAGCUAUCCACGUGGAGGCAUGCCACUUGACCAGUUACUCCUUGUCACAUGAGGUGCGUGGACCCAGGCUAAAAGAUACCGUUGAAACAGCCUCUCUAAAACCAUGUCACUUAACGGUCGUUGAAGAGGAUUACACCGAAGAACUCGCCAUCGCACACAUCAGACGAUUGCUGGAUAUCGUCGCCUGCACCACCGCUUUCGGUGGUUCGUCUACUCCGAAGAAUGCCGCCUCCACCUCCAGUCGAGCGACAACUAACCGACCAGAUUCCAGUGAUGGAGAGAUUAGUCAGGAUAAGAAGUCGAGUAGUGGGGCUAAAUCGCCGGAGACGGAAGUUUCCAUCAGUUCCGAUCAGUCUGACAAGGGUGACCGUGACCCCAUGGCGGAGAUUUACCCGCCGCCGAGGCUUGGGCAGUUCUAUGACUUUUUCUCGUUCUCUCAUCUCACACCGCCCAUCCAAUACAUUAGGAGAUCUACUAGACCCUUCCUUGAAGAUAAAACAAACGAUGAUUUCUUCCAAAUUGAUGUAAGAAUUUCUAGUGGAAAACCAAUGACAAUUGUUGCUUCUAAGAAAGGGUUCUAUCCAGCUGGAAAACAUAUUCUUUUGACUCAUUCUUUAGUUGGUCUACUGCAGCAAAUAAACCGAAUCUUUAAUGGUGCAUACAAAGCUCUCAUGAAAGCAUUCAUAGACCACAACAAAUUUGGAAAUCUCCCAUAUGGUUUUAGAGCAAACACAUGGAUUGUUCCUCCAAUUGUUGCUGAUAAUCCCUCACUUUUUCCACCACUUCCUGUAGAAGAUGAAAAUUGGGGAGGGAAUGGUGGUGGACAAGGGCGAGAUGGUAAAUAUGACGAUAAACAUUGGGCAAAAGAGUUUUCAAUUCUAGCAGCAAUGCCUUGUAAAACUCAAGAAGAAAGACAAGUUAGAGAUAGGAAAGCUUUUCUACUUCACUCCCUAUUUGUCGACAUUUCAGUGUUAAAAGCAGUUUCUGCCAUUAAAAAUCUUGCUGAAAGUAGCAGUUUUUCCUCAAAAAGUCACACAAAAUCAAUUUUACAUGAGGAAAAAGUUGGAGAUUUAGUUAUUAGGGUUACAAAAGAUCUCUCAGAUGCAAACACAAAGUUGGAUUCUAAAAGAAACUUGCUUAAAGGCAUAACAGCAGAUGAGAGCACUACAGUUCAUGAUACUUCUACUUUGGGCAUAGUGACAUUGAAAUUGAGGAUCAAACCUGAAGGAGGUUCUAAUGCUUUGAAUGUCAAUAGUUUGAGAAUGCUAUUACACAAGUCAUCUACACCAAUACAAAGAGUUCAAGGUGCAGAUGUUGAAGAUUUGCACUCUGCAAAGCUUUUGGUGAAGAAAGUAAUGGAAGAAAGCCUGAAGAAAAUGCAGGAAGAAGAAGAAGAAGAAGAUUCUAGAAACUUAAAAUCUAUCAGAUGGGAGCUUGGAGCAUGCUGGAUGCAACAUUUACAAAACCAAGCUUCUGGAAAAUCAGACUCUAAAACUACUUCAGAAGCUAAAGUAGAACCAAAAUCAGCUGUUAAGGGUUUAGGAAAGGGAUUACUGAAGGAAAUUAAGAAAAAAUCUGAUGAUAAAAGCAACAAAAUUGAACAGGAAAUUACAACAAACAAUAAAUCAGAUGAUAUUGAAGAGAUGAAAAAGGUGGAUGAAGAAAAGGAAAUAAUGUGGAGAAAACUGCUUCCUGAAGAAGCCUAUUUGCGCCUUAAAGAAUCAGAUACUGGUCUCCACCUUAAGUCACCUGAUGAGUUGAUUGAAAUGGCACAUAAGUACUAUGAAGAUACUGCUCUCCCAAAGUUGGUGGCUGAUUUUGGUUCACUUGAACUUUCACCUGUUGAUGGAAGAACUCUGACUGAUUUUAUGCACACAAGGGGUUUGCGAAUGUGCUCCUUAGGGCGAGUGGUUGAACUUGCAGACAAGCUUCCUCAUGUUCAAUCACUCUGUAUCCAUGAAAUGGUUGUUCGAGCAUACAAACAUAUCUUACAAUCAGUUAUUUCAUCAGUUGACAAUAUUACAGAUUUAUCUGUGACAAUAGCAUCAUGCUUAAAUAUAUUGUUAGGCAAUAACAAUGACUUCAAAUGGAAGUGGAUUGAAUGCUUUUUAUCAAAGAGAUUUUCAUUUCAAUGGAAAACCGAAUCUCAUACUGAAAAUCUUCGUAAGUUUUCCCUUCUUCGAGGCCUUUCACACAAGGUUGGUCUUGAGCUUGUUCCUAGAGACUAUGAUAUGGAUUCUGAAUCUCCUUUCAUGAAAACAGAUAUAAUCAGCAUGGUUCCUAUAUAUAAGCAUGUUGCAUGUUCAUCUGCUGAUGGACGUACACUUUUGGAGUCAUCUAAAACAUCUUUGGAUAAAGGAAAACUGGAGGAUGCUGUUAACUAUGGAACUAAGGCACUUGCAAAAUUUGUAUAUGUCUGUGGUCCUUAUCAUCGAAUGACUGCUGGAGCAUAUAGUCUUUUGGCUGUAGUGCUCUAUCACACUGGAGACUUUAAUCAGGCUACUAUCUAUCAGCAAAAAGCUUUGGAUAUUAAUGAGAGGGAGCUUGGACUUGAUCAUCCAGAUACAAUGAAAAGUUAUGGUGAUUUAGCUGUUUUCUACUAUAGACUCCAACACACAGAGCUAGCUCUAAAGUAUGUGAAUCGUGCAUUGUAUCUUUUACAUAUAACAUGUGGACCUUCUCAUCCGAAUACUGCUGCUACUUAUAUCAAUGUUGCAAUGAUGGAAGAAGGUUUAGGAAAUGUCCAUGUUGCCCUUAGAUACCUUCAUGAAGCUCUCAAGUGUAAUCAAAGGCUUCUUGGAGCUGAUCACAUUCAAACUGCUGCUAGCUAUCAUGCUAUAGCAAUUGCUCUCUCUUUAAUGGAAGCAUACUCCUUGAGUGUUCAGCAUGAACAGACUACUCUGCAGAUUCUUCAAUCUAAACUUGGACUUGAAGAUCUUCGUACUCAGGAUGCAGCUGCAUGGCUUGAAUACUUUGAAUCCAAGGCUCUUGAACAACAAGAAGCUGCACGCCAUGGUACCCCAAAACCUGAUGCAUCUAUAUCUAGCAAAGGCCAUUUGAGUGUAUCAGAUUUACUCGAUUAUAUAGCCCCAGAUGCAGAUAUGAAAGCCCAAAAGAAACAAACUCGUGCAAAACUGCUGAAAGUAAAGCCAGAACAAAAUGAGGAAUCCAUGGUCAAUGAGGUUCCAUUAACAGAAGAAGUAUCAUCACCAAAACCUCCUGUUCCACAUAAAGAGAUUAAAUCUCAACAACAGGAUACAAAACUUGAUUUGAUUGAAAAGGAACAACAAAUGAUUGAUGCUAUUAUAGAAGUGGACAACUCAGAUGAAGGAUGGCAAGAAGCUAUUUCUAAAGCAGCUCGUAAAUCUUCAACUUCUAAAAAACCAAAUCUUGCAAAACUAAACACAAAGUAUCGAUCAAAACCCGCUAAUUUCACAUCCCCGAGAACCACCACCGUUGAAUCCGGUACUUCCGCCGGACCACCACCUACUGCCGCCAAGAAGUUCGUUAAAAGCGCAAGCUUCAGCCCAAAAUCAACUCCUUUAAGUCCAGUUAUCCAAUCCAUCAGUGUCAAAGAAGCCGGAAAACUCUUCUCGUAUAAAGAAGUCGCCUUAGCUCCACCUGGCACCAUCGUCAAGGCGGUAAUGGUGGCGGAGAAGUCACCGGAGCAACCUUCUCCGGCCACCCAAACCGAAACCAAAAACACCGAAAAAGAAGUCAUUCCAGCUUCCGAACAGGAACAGGAAAAGGAAAAGGAAAAAAUGAUUGAUGAAAAGAAGGAAGAAACUGAAGUUAUUCCGGAAUCUAAUUCCAAUUCCGAUUCCGGGAAACCAGGGAAUGAAGGUUUGGAAGCUUUGGAAUUGGAAAAAGAUGGAAAAACACCGAAUGAUGGAAAAGAGAUGACAAAGAAGCUAUCUGCAGCUGCACCUCCAUUUAAUCCAUCUUUAAAAGAUCACGGAGGAAUAUUACCGCCACCUGUCAUCAUCCCCACUAUGUUGACGGUCAACCCGACACAUAGAUUGCCACAUCAGUCAGCAACCGCGCGGGUUCCAUACGGUCCACGUCUUUCCCGGGUCCCACGGACUAAACCCGCAUUCCAUGACCCGCGAAUCAUGAACCCGCAUGCAGCUGAGUUCAUACCGAGUCAACCGUGGGUCCCGCAUGGUUACCUGGUUUCACCCGAAGGCUACCCUAUCGCGAUAAACGGUUUCGGUUUCCCCGCAGGUUAUCCUGUGUCCCCGGUUGACUCGGUGGAAUCUCCAUCUGUAAUUACUCAGGGUGUUGAGGAAAAUAACGAGUCGGUCCUGGUUGACUCGGUUGGCGAAACUCAAUCUGAAAUUGUUACUGAGUCACCAGAAACGGAUGAAACGGUGUGAAGCUCAUUAUUUUUCCUGAGUGAAAUAGUUUAUGUAGCUCAGAGGCAUUGGUUUGAGAAAAACUAAUGCUAUUAGUAUUCUCAUUGGGGCGGGGCAUGUAAAAAGACGAUUUUACCCCUUCACAUGCACUCGCGGAGAACGUUGAUGAAGAGAAGUUGUCUGAGUAUUUGUUUUUUAGUCGAUUGAGUGAAGUUGCAUUUUCUCAAUUGGUGAGUGGUGUAACUUUUAUCUUUCAGGCAUUUCUUUGACUUUCUUGUGAAGAAACUUAACUGGGUUAAUUGAUAUAUGGUUUAUAGUUUAUUGAUUAUGUUUUAUCA